AUGUCUGGUUCUGGUGCUUCAGGUAACAAAUUCCGUAUGUCUCUCGGUCUCCCAGUCGGUGCCGUUAUCAACUGUGCUGACAACACUGGUGCUCGUAACUUAUACAUCAUUGCCGUCAAGGGCUUCGGUGCUAGAUUGAACAGAUUGCCAGCUGCCUCUGCUGGUGACAUGGUCAUGGCCACUGUCAAGAAGGGUAAGCCAGAGUUGAGAAAGAAGGUUAUGCCAGCUAUCGUCAUCAGACAAUCCAAGGCUUGGAGAAGAAAGGACGGUGUCUACUUGUACUUCGAAGACAACGCCGGUGUCAUUGUCAACCCAAAGGGUGAAAUGAAGGGUUCUGCCAUCACUGGUCCAGUCGCUAAGGAAUGUGCUGACUUGUGGCCACGUAUUGCCUCUAACUCUGGUGUCGUUGUUUAA